UCCACCCUCCAGCUCUCUUGGACGGGACGGCAGCUGCAGAAAAGCACCAAUCAGCAGGAAUCUUGUCCUGAACGGGAUCUAACUUUCCGUGAAUGACUGAGCCGUCCCCGGACAGCCGUGUCCUCGCCGCGCACCCACCCUGCGUGAAGUCAUGCUCCCCCCUGCGCUCUGCGUGUCUCUCCUGGCCGCGUCGUGCGCGCUGUGGCUGCCCGCCUCGGUGCUGGCGGCGUCCUGCGAGCCGGUGCGGAUCCCCCUGUGCAGGUCCAUGCCGUGGAACAUGACCAAGAUGCCGAACCACCUCCACCACAGCACCCAAGACAACGCCGUGCUGGCCAUCGAGCAGUUCGAGGGGCUGCUGGGAACCGGCUGCAGUCCUGAUCUACUCUUCUUCCUGUGUGCCAUGUACGCCCCCAUCUGCACCAUUGAUUUCCAGCACGAGCCCAUCAAGCCAUGCAAGGCGGUGUGUGAACGGGCCAAGUACGGCUGUGAGCCGGUGAUGAAGCGCUACAACCACAGCUGGCCCGACAGCCUGGACUGCAGCGAGCUGCCGCUGUACGACCGUGGCGUCUGUAUCUCACCUGAAGCCAUCGUCAAAGCGGAAGGACCAGAUCCCUACAACACUGACCUGACCAGAUGUAAUCCAGAAUCCAGUCCAGACUCUCCAAUGGACUCCAACAGUUUCCACUGCAGAGGACCAAAUGCAGGCUGCAAAUGUAAGACGGUCAAAAUGAGUCUGAAAACGUACCUGAGGAACAACUACAACUACGUGAUCCGCGCGAGGGUCAGGGAGGUGAGAAAUCGAGGCCUGGAGCCCACAGCGGUGGUUGAGGUGAAGGAGGUGCUUAAAUCUUCCCUGGUUAACAUUCCCAAGGAGGCGCAGACUCUCUACUAUUCAUCCUCCUGCUUGUGUCCUCCUCUGGUACUUGGAGAGGAAUACGUCAUUAUGGGUUAUGAGGAUGAGGAGAGGUCCAGGUUGCUUCUGAUUGAAAGCUCCAUAGCUCAAAAGUGGAAGGAUAAAAUGGGCAGGAAGGUAAAGAGAUGGGAUCAGAACCUGCAGGGAAAAUCCCGAUCAGCUGUACGCCGGAGUCGCCCCUAAGACCUGAUUGUGUGCAUGAAGGUGUGUGUGUGUGAUUGUAUGUGUGUGUAUGUGAAGGUGUGUGUGUCCAAGUGAGUGGAUUAAAGUGUGUUUGUGUAGAUAUUGCACUAUCGCAGGCUAUUGUAGCUGAAUGUAGUUCAUCUCCUUACGUAUCAAACUGUUGUAAUCCAAUUUUUGCCAUCCUUUUUCUUUGCACAAACAUGUAGUGUAUUUUUUUUGUGUGUUGAUAUUUGUUUGUAAAUACACUUUGAGCACCAUGCUGACUGCGUGGACGCAAAGCCAAAAAGUUGAUGGGGAGGAAGUGUUAGUUUUUUUUUUCUGCACUGCCUCUUUUUUGUGGUUUGUGUUUGCAAUCAUUCUUGAUGUCAUUAAUGCGACUGUAAGGACAUUUUUGCUUAGACAUGAACAUAAAACGUUCCUCUACUACAAACAAAUGAAACUUUACCAAAAAUUGCAGAAUAUUUUUCAUCCUUCUGUUAUUACUUCGAAAUUUCAAAGUGUUUUUUAUGCAAAAGAAUAUUUUACCAACAUGACUGAGCUUUCAAUGAAACAAAUCUUUCUUUUUUUUUUCUUUUUUUAAAUCGUAAAUGACUGCAGAAACUGUGGCUGUUUUCUGGGUUCCCCCUCUGUUUUUGUUGUCCUGGGUAGCCUAAUACUUUACCAACAAGUUAAAAAAAAAAGUUUAAAGUAGUUCCGAAUAAUUCAUCUUAUGCAUUGUGUUAUAAGUGAUUAAAAUGAAUUCACAAAGACA